GUGCUGAACGAGACCCAGUUCUCCGCUUUCCGCGGCCAGGAAUGCAUCUUCUCCAAGGUCAGCAGCGGCCCCCAGGCUGGGGACCUCAGCGUCUACUCGGUGUCAGCCCUGCCUGCCCUCUGCAAGCCGGGGGACCUGCUGGAGCUACUCUACCUGGGGCCGUCGGAUCACCCUCCGCCGCACUGGGCAGUGUACGUGGGCAGCGGGCAGAUCAUCCACCUGCACCAGGGGCAGAUCCGUCAGGACAGCUUAUACGAGGCGGCGGCGGGCAACGUGGGCCGGGUGGUGAAUAGCUGGUACCGGUUCCGCCCGCUGGUAGCUGAGCUGGUGGUGCAAAACGCCUGCGGGCACCUGGGCUUGAAAAGCGACGAGAUCUGCUGGACUAACUCCGAGAGCUUCGCCGCCUGGUGCCGCUUCGGAAAAAGGGAGUUCAAAGCCGGGGGGGAGCGGCAGGCUGCUGCCGGCACCCAGCCCCAGCAGCAAUACUAUCUCAAGAUUCACUUGGCGGAGAACAAGGUGCACACCGUGAGGUUCCACAGCCUGGAGGAUCUAAUACGUGAGAAGCGCAGGAUCGAUGCCAGUGGCAAACUGAGGGUGAUCAAAGACCUGGCGAUAGUGGAUGGGAAAGAAUAGGGAGUAGCAGGGGUAUGUGGCUAUCUUCCUUCUGCCCUGCCUGGGGAGACCAGCCUGCCACGGAGACAGGAGGCUGCACCCUCUUUCCGUGGGACGCACUGGAAGCAGGAUCCAUGGCAACAUUCCAGAAAACCAGCAUUCUUUACACCCAUAGCCAGUAUUUUGUUUGGCUUUUAAUAGCAUUAAUGCUGAAAGAGCGAGAGAGAGGAAGGAAAGAAAGGGGAGGUGCAGGAAGGCUGUGCUCAGAGUAUGUGGACAAAAGUCUCUCCUGUCGAUCGAUGUUGACCAUUCUAGCAACACGCCAAUAAAAUUUCAAAUUGAAAUUU